AUGGACAACCUCAUGGGUUGGGUCAUGGGCACAGCUCCAUCGCCCUUUGCUGGUCUCUUUGGCGAGGGUCUGACACGACGCAGAAACACGCCUUCUGGCGCCUACGACCAAAUCUUGGGCCCGGACACUCCCACCGCGGACCAACAGAACCGGCUGUGGGCCGUGGAUCGUGUCUUGGAACCACAGACGCUGGUCCAUUUCAUCGAGUUCGCCAUCAAUGGCGAGCUCCUCUCGGGGAAAAAGACGGCGCUGCCCAUCUUGGGUGACGAGUACGACUACAUCCAGGUGCCCUUCUCGCAAUGGGCACCGGCGCCGUACAGCAGCCAGGAGAUAUCCCUCAUCGAGGCUGUCAUGGGGAGUACUGGAUCGUUCCAAGAUCGUGGAGGUCUGGUGCCCGUCGCCAAGGAGCUGCUAGCCAUGAAGGCGCGAGUGUGGGAGGGUAUCAUGCCUCUCUCUGAACGGAGGUGGAUGGACCUGGACCUGGACAACCCUAGUCAAUUUCACCAAGCGUGUCAGUUUAUAUCCGCCGUAACAGACGUCUUUCACUACCUGAAUAUACCAGAAAUCAAAGCCAGCCUGAGAGAAACCUUCAACCGAAUUUGGGCCCAUCUCGACAAAUUCGACAAGGCUGUGCACGCCCUCCAGGCCAACACCACCAAUCCCGACUUUUCAAUGGCAGCUCUCUGGCAUGAAUACAUCGAAGACCACUUCAGCUCCAUUUCUGCACGCUCGAAUCGCUGGGUCAUAGAGCAUAUUGAUCGCCUCCGUACGCCGAUAUUGGAGGCACUCGCACAGGACACCGAUAUCGAUGCACUGGAUUCGGAUGAUGACUAUGGCGAAUCGCUCGCAGAUUUAAUUCAUGACCUACAUGAGGGUGCUGUCCAGGCCGACAGUAGCAUCUUUAUCCCCACGGACGGUUACCACGGUGCAUCGCUAAGAUCACAGGAUGACGUGCCAGGCAACACCUCUCACCGGUACCGCGAAGAGCCCAUUACCUUCUCCGCCAGCACAGAGAAGCGCAAAGCAGAUUACUAUUUCCGCGUCAGAUAUCUAUCCCAUCUCGAGUCCUUCAAGAUGGAAAGUCUGCUCGACAGAAGCGUCGUCAGUCACGCCAAGGACCAAGUCCGCGCCGAAGUCCAAGCGCGAAAAGAGCUACGCGGCAACGACACCACGCUGGAUGAGCCGCCACGCUGGGUAGCACAGGCACGCAGACACUUUAGCUACGGUAAAACUAUACCAUGGGCCUUUAUUGGCUUCCGGACAAGCUACGGUCACAGUGACGAAGAGUGGGAGCGGUUCAAGAGCAGCUUUCACGCAGACAUUUCGAAUUGGGGAAGCGAAUUAGGCGAUAUUGACGACAUCAGGGCUCUCAGCGUAGUCGAGUGGCGCGACGUCGAGGGCACCGUGGAUGGCAAAGUCGAUGGCAUCGCCGCCGCCGAAAAGCAAUUCGAGACUUUGAGCCAAGAUGAGGAGCUGAUGGAACGAUUCAACAACGAAGUCUAUCUCGUCGCAGACAAGGAAUCCAUCGACUCGUAUCUCCGUCCCAACGCGACCGCGGGUCAUAUUCUGGCCGUCGAGGCGGGUUUCGAUGUCGACGAGGCUGACGCUGAGCGCCUGAGCGAGUCGCCGGGCUACGACGGAUGGCUGCGCCUGAAAGGGAGCCUGCUCUGGGACGAUCUCAGCGCACUCAUGCUCAUGCAGACGCAGUUCCUCAUGGAUCUGUGGCCGUUGGCCAAGGACGACCCCGAAAAGGUCUAUCGUCACCCGCUUGGGCCCGUCAGAGGCUAG